GAUGGCGGUUGAACGGCGUGCGCAUGCGCCCUGAGAGGAGUUUGCGGGGCCGGGGGCGGAAUAACCUGAACGGCCCGCGGAGGUGGAAGACGUCCUUUGGUCGGCCGAGAGAGGAGACCAGGUGACGGGGGCGCUUUCCCCAACUCUUCUUCUCUUCGGCAGGUCCUGCAAGAUGUCCGAAGGAACGUCCAGUGGCGGCGAUCCAGAGAGCGCCCGGCCCUCAGUUGCUGCUGCUCGAGGGUUAAUAGGGAGAAGGACUCCCGUGCCAAUCUCGGCAGGCCGCCUGCCCUCCAUCCGCUCCCGAGAUCUGACCCUUGGUGGGGUCAAAAAGAAAACCUUUGCCCCUAACAUUAUUAGCAGGAAAAUCAAAGAAGAGCCCAAGGAGGACCUUUCUGUCACAAAAGAGAAGAAGGACCGUGAUCGAGAUCGACAGAGGGAAAGUCAUGGACGAAACAGAGGGAGGCCCGAAGUUAUUCAGUCGCACUCCAUCUUCGAGCAAGGCCCAGCAGAAAUGAUGAGGAAGAAAGGUACCUGGGAUAAGUCCGUGGAUAUGUCUGAUUUUGGCCCAUCUCACAUCAUCAACAUAAAGAAAGAGAAGAGGGAGACGGAUGAGGAGACCAAGAAGAUCUUGCGCAUGUUGGAGAAAGAUGAUUUCCUGGAUGACCCAGGCUUGAAAAACGACAUUCGAAACAAGCCAGUCCAGCUGCCUCUGGCCCAUUCUGGUUGGCUUUUCAAGGAAGAAGGGGAUGAUCAAGAGGACAGCAAGCCGUUGAAUGCCAGCCAUAAAGAGGAGAAGCUGGAGACAGGUUUACCUUCGGUAAAAGUGAAAGAAGAACACGAUGAAGAGGAGACGGUGUGUGCACAGGCUCCAGCGCCCACCAAAGCCCCUCCUCCCUUCCCUCACGAUGUCUCCCUGGCGGAACUGCUGCCCAGGUUGAGUCUCUCCAAGGAGGAAGAGUUGCUCUUCCUGCAGCUGCCAGAUACUCUCCCGGGACAGCCGCCCACACAGGACACUAAGCCGCUGAAAGCAGAAGUGCAGAACGAGGAUGGGCAGAUGAUGGUGAUAAAACAGGAGAAGACCCAGGAGACCCAGGAAGCGGAGAACACCUGCACCCUGGGCGACCUCUCCGAGGGGCAGGUGGGGAAGCUGCUGAUCCGCAAGUCAGGAAAGGUGCAACUUGUUCUCGGCCAGGUGACCCUCGACAUAACCACGGGAACACCCUGCUCCUUUCUUCAGGAACUGGUGUCAGUCAGCAUUGGGGACAAUCGGAGCGGCGAGAUGAUCGUCUUGGGUCACGUGAGGCACAAGCUCGUUUGUGCUCCAGAUUUCGAAUCCUUGCUGGCCUACAAGCAUCGAUAGAGCCGCCGCAAAGCUCCUCGCCAGGGUAGCCGGUGGUUCUGCCUAAACAAGAGUGACUUGGGCUCUCCAAAAGUGCCUGUUCCUAAGCCGACGAAGACGGAAAGACUCUGCCAGAAGAGAUGGGCAAACAUUCACGGGGACGAGCCCGAUGGACAUCUUAACUGUCGGAGAUUAUCUGGAGCUCCAGAAUCUCUGAAGGUAGGGGAAAGGGUUCGAAGCCGAGGGCUUGCUGCGUCCUUCCUCCCAGUUCCGCACAGGAUAUGACUUGCCCCCUUGUAACGACUUUUAAUGACUUAAUUGCGCACACUACCCGGUGAUAUUUAUCCCAAAGGGAGGUUGGGAAGGUGUGAGCCUUGGAGCCAAGGUUAAAGCUGUUUGGCCGCUCUUCCCUGCAGAUGCUGGAGAAGAUGUCGCCAUUCCGAGCAUCUGUAGGAGAUCGGGCCGGUGGUGCCUUUUUCUCUUUUGCCUUCUGGAUCUUAACUACCGCACGACACCAGUAGGAAAAAAAGGGGGGGGGGGGGUGAUGGUGUGAGAGGUUUGGGGAAACACAUGAGAUUAGACUGUCUUCUGCAGUGAGAUACCCCCAUAUAUCUCUUGUUGUCCA